AGGUAGAGAACACUGGAGAACACGUUGAUCACGUCGAACACAUCGAACACAUGUUUUUUUUGUUAUUGUAUAAACAAAAAGUAAAUAAUUAAAAAGUUUUAAAUUAUUAGGUUAAUUAAUAAAAUUAACAAGUUAAAUUAUUUAACGAAAAUAACAAUGGCUUUUAAAAAUGACUUUGAUAUGUUUGUUGGCGGGAAAUCUGGUGUAUUUAAAGGAGUAAAAAUUGAUAAAAAACAAUGUAUAGCAAAAAAUAUACAAAAUUUAGUAUCAAUUACAAAAGAUCAUCAAGUAACGACAAUGUCUUGGGGUGAUGAUGAUGAGAAAGAUGUUCUUAUUGGUUGUGGAUUAACUGAAAAUCGAAGUGUAAAAGUUUACGAUUCACAACAUUCAGCAUUUUCGACUUCAUUUUCAUGCAAUACUGGCCCAGGAAAAAUUCGCGGGAUCUCACGUUACAAUGAUUGUAUAAUAACUGCGGUAGAAUCUGGAGACAUAAAUUUAUGGAAACGAGGGGAAAGUGUUAGAGUUAUUAAAACAAGUAAAGAUUUACAUGCAAUGAGACACUCAAAGUCAAAUAGAAAUAUAAUAGCUACUGGAGGUAAAGAACAUCCUUUGCAAUUAUUUGAUUUAGAACAAGAUAAAGUUACAUUUAAAGAAAAAAAUGUCCGUCAUGAUUGGCUGGAGAUGCGUGUCCCUGUUUGGGUUUCUGAUAUUGGAUUUUUACCAAACUCAUCUAAAAUUGCAGUUUGCAGUCGUUAUGGAUACGUACGACUGUAUGAUCCUCUUGUACAAAAAAGACCUGUUUUAAAUGUACUAGUAAAAGAUGAAGCGUUAACAACUCUAGCAAUCGCACCAAAAGAAAAUCAUGUCGUGGUUGGUUCUGGUAAAGGAAUCAUGAAUUUGGUGGACUUACGGAAUCCUGGAAAAAUUUUAAAUACUUACAAAGGUUUCGUUGGAGGUAUCACUGCUAUUUCAUGUCCUACAAAUAAUCCGUACAUUGUAAGUGUUGGAUUAGACAGAUAUUUACGUGUCCAUGAUUUGAAUACUAAAGAAUUAUUGCAAAAGGUUUAUUUAACUUCAAGAUUAAGUAGCAUGGUACUGAGAUCUGAAUUCAUAUUAAAUGAUGUUUUGACAAAUGAAGAAAAUAAUGAGAAAAUUCAAAUAAUUAAUGUGGACCAUGAUGACAUAAAAAGUGACCAAGAGUACGAUGACAUAUUUAACAAAAUGCCAGUAAUUGAUAAUGAUGAAAAUUGUAAUGAAAAUACAAUGGCAGGUAAAAGGAAAAUUUUCAAAUUAAAAUCAAAAAUAACUUCAAAUAAAAAUGACACUUGUAAUUACAAAAAAAUUAAAAAAUAAAAUAAAUAUUUUAAAAAAUUUUAUUAAGUUUAA